CACGCCCCUCCUUUCGUCGUCGUGUGUGCGCAAGCAAAUUUGCGCAAUUUGAGCGAGUUCGCCACCCUGGAUUAUGGGAAGCGGAAUGGAAGCCACAAGUUGACUGCGCUCGAACAUGUGGCGCUUAAAUAGGCUUUUCCUUUCCACACCUGUCUCGUUCCUUAUUAAGCGAGCAUGGACCCGAGCCUGUGGCAGUACCAGUUCCGCGUCAUCAUGCUGGGGGACUCCACGGUGGGCAAGUCGUCGCUACUCAAGCGCUACACGGAGGACCACUUCAUGGAGGCCAUCAAUGAGACGGUGGGGGUGGACUUCUACGUGCACUUCCUCGAGGUGGAGCCCGGCGUCCGGGUCAAGAUGCAGUUCUGGGACACCGCCGGCCAGGAGCGCUUCAGGUCUGUGACCCGCUCUUACUACCGCAACUCCGUGGGGGGCCUGCUUGUGUUCGACCUGACCAACAGAGCGUCCUUUGAGCACAUCCGGGACUGGCACGCCGAGGUGUGCGAGCACGUGCUGCCCCACAGGGUCCUGUUCGUCCUGGCGGGCCACAAGAGCGACUGCGACGGCCACGGCAAGCGGGCGGUGACCAGGGACGAGGCCGAGAAGCUGGCCGCCGUCUUGGGCGUGCCCUACGUAGAGGCAUCGGCCAAGGAGGGCCACAACGUCAAGGAGACCUUCGAGCUGCUCGCCCGCCGAGUGUACCAGGGUCUGAUGAGCGGGGAGGUGGAGCUGCACGAGGGCUGGGACGGGGUUAAGUGCGCAAUGCCGCUGGUUUUGCUGGGACGCAGGAGCAGCCUGGCUAAGCCUGGCCCCGCACGCAAGAACAAAAAGGAAUGCUGUGCCUAAACCGUCUAAAGCAGCGGUCUUCAACCUUUUUGUUGCUACGGGUCGGUCUUACGUCAGGCAAUAUUUUCAAAGACUGGCAUAGAGACAAAAAAAAUAACAAAUUAUUAAAACUACAGGAAGUCCUUGAGUUACUACGUACUCGACCUACGACGUUUCGACUUUACGACGCCCGUGCCUCGUCCGCCAUUUUGUCCCCAGCAACAUAGUGUUUCUGCUUAGCUAGUGCAUAGUGCUUGUCUGUGUUUGUGCGCCGGGAGUAUCUUUGCCUUUUUCGCCCUCCUUUUUUCACACUCUCAGCAGUAAUGGUAAGUACAGCAUCUUAUUUUUUUUUAUAUUUUAAUGUAUUUUAGUUUCUUUAUACGAAGUGUUAACCUUUCCUGCUACGGUCACCUGACCGUGGUCGGGAGACGCAGGGGUUAACUCCCUUCUCUCGUUGCACAGCUGAGCUGGGUGGCGGCAACAAUAAAGGCACGAAGCACCGAUUUACUGCUUUAUUAGCUCAUCUGCACAUUUGACGUCAACUGGUCCUCCGCUACUCACUACACUUGCCACUGUACACACUCGCACCGGCGCGCACUCCUUCCUCCUUCGCAGUCCCGACGGACGACGCCUGCGCAGUCCCGUCUCACUCACACACCGACGCACACGCCCACACACACGGAGUUUGCUGUCACAAUCACGUGGGACAAUACCCGUAAGAAGUAUUUCGACGUAAAUUUCGACUUUAACGGUGAUAUCUGACUUACGCGGAAAAUCGUGUUACGUCGUCAGCGUAGGAACGGAACUCGUUCGUAAAUCAAGGACUUCCUGUACAACUCACCAUUAUGUUGAAUGCAGUUGUUGUAAUUGGCGGAAGCCAAAGCAGUUUUGAAGGCUUCAUUGCCUCAUUUGCAAGCCUGUAGCAAUAAACCCUUUUUUAAGUAGGACUGCAGAUCUAUAAAAAUGCAGCUUUCUUUUUAUUGGAAGUUGUAGGCUCUUCCUCUGUUUCAUAAUUAGGCCUUUUUGUCUUUCGGAAGAAGCUCUCCAAAGAUGUUUGCUGGGUUUUUUUCUUAAUUUUAGCUAGCUUGUGGAGUUACUUUUUUUAUAUAUUGUAUCACAACGGUGGCUUGUGGUGUUUUUUUUGUUUUGUUUUGUUUUUUGGGGGGGGGACUGGAAUGUAGCGCCCUACUUUGCUCCUAGCUAUUGCAUUCAGACGAGCUACUGGACAUGUCAAACGUUUAUGAAGAGUCAUUGGGUAGAGAUUUGUGGGCUCCAGACAAGAAUUAUGUCAUGAAAUCAGACAGCAGAGAUGAAUGAAACAAUUUUACAUAAAUCCCUUGAACCCUGAGAUGCAUGAAUGGUUGGACCCCAACACUUUUCUUUAAGUGGGUCAAAAUGGACUCAUAUCAGAAUCAAUGCGUUUUAUGCAAUUGUGGGUAGGAAUAAUCAUUUUUAUUACGUUUUGGUAUACACAAGUUUGUUUUCAUGUUACAAAUGUUUUUAUUUUGUAACUUUUUUUAACAUUUGUAACGAGGUCCUUUGGAUCCUGUUGAAAUAGAUUUUCAUGUUGACAACUCUCACUUCCACCUGGACUGUAGUCUGCCCUCAUCUGAUAUUUCUGGAUCUUUUUCUAACCUCCACGGGCCAUUUCAGUGCAUCAAAGGGUUAAAUCCCCUUCUACACUACACUGGCCUCUUUCACAGAGAAAGAGAGUAGCAUUAGAGCCUUAAUAGAAGAGAAGGCAUUUAUCCCUCUUUGUCUUUAAUGAACAACGGCGACGCGACAUCCCGCAAUCAGAUAGUAAAGCAUAGAUGCACAUACUGAUAACCGAGACGCUUGCUUUUCUUAAGGAUUAGAUUGUUGAAUUACUGUAUGUCAAAAGUUUUGCCCUCUGGCUCUCCUCAGGGCCCCUGGAUCUGUACAGAGGGCGACCCCACAAGUGGGCACAAAUUCCCCUUACAAAUGCCAGCGAUUGACGACACAGAAUAGAAAACCAUUUCAAGUAGCAAUUUUGUUUUGGGUCUUGUGAAUCCGCCACUGUGUGUGUGUGCAUGCUCCGUUUUAACACUUAGAUGCCACUUCAGGUACACUAGUACAAUCCAAUUACAACAGCUGUUAAAUUGCAUUGAUACACAGCUCUUGUAUGGGAUCUGAUCUGAUCUCUUAGGUGUACCUAAUAAAGUGUCCAGUGAGCUUCCAUUUUUAUGGUGUGCAGCCUAUUCUCGGGCCUCUGCUGCAUCCCCACUAAUUGCUCGGCAUCCGACGAGCUGAAUGAGCAGGUUUGUUUUCACAUGCCCGACGUUGACAAUUAUUAUUAGAUCGCCCCAGGGCGCCUCUGGAUCUCGUCGUGGCGCAAUGUCGAAAGAGAAGUCAUCAAGGCAAUUACUGUCGCGCUCGGUGUGACGAAUGAGCCUCCCGUGUCCCUGCAGCCUAUUUAUUUUGCCUCUAAGACACCCUCCCCUAAGACUCGCAUUGUUAUGCAGUGUGUAAGGUGCUUCUCGGUAAAUAAACGGCGAGCCAAGUGAUGAAAUGGCACUUCAUAGCCUGAAAAGUCACUCCAAGCAUCAAUGCUGUACAUGAGUCAGGUACUUUACUCUACUGUGAGGAAUUCCAGUCUUCUUAUUUGGAUGAGUUGUACAACUGUAUACAGUUUUCUUAUUAACAUUCAUGCUUGGACAGUUGAUUAACUUCAAAUGUAUUUCUGCUAAUUUGUGAGCGGAUAUAUUUUGGGGCCAUUACGUCGUUGUAUAAAGGCACACUGGCUAAAUAAUUACAUAUCUGGAAAGCACUCAUCAUGGCCUUUAAUUAGAUAUGUCACUUUGACAGAAUAUAGUGGAGAGAUUUUUGAAUAAUCUCUAGCAGACAAUCAGGUAUUGUGUACUAUUUUGUAAAAAAUGUGAAGCUUUAACCUGUAAAAAAAAGUCAAACAACCUUCACUGCAUAUCAAGUGGUUUUGUAUGUGUACUUGGUUUCGUAAUUUACAGUACGUUUUUAAUGACCAUUAGAGAUUUAUUACACUUUCAAGCAGAAAAAAAGUAAAAAAAAAAAAAAAUUGGUCAUUAUGUUAUGAGUAAAUGUUGAUCUCAUAAUGACAGAUGCAAAUUGAUUUUUGACUUUGUUUCCAGAGACAAUCAAAUAAAAUUGCAGAUUUGUGUAAAAACUGUGAAGCUUUAACCCAUUGAAAGUUCAGUGGCUAUUAUGAGUUUGUGCUAAUUUGUGAGUUUAAUAACCACUGGAGAUUGGCCACAUUUUAAAGCAAAAACAGUUUUUGGUCACUAAUGUACACAAUCGAUCUCAUAAUUACAGAUCAUGGCCUUUAAGAUGAGAAUUUCUGUAAAAUGUCUUUUUGGUCAUUAUUAUAUUUUGAGGCUAUAUUGGCAGAUCUGAUCCAAUACAACUCUGUUUGGUUUGUUACAAAUGUUUUUGAAUUUGUUUCUUAGGGAUCAUGUAAAAUAUAUUUUUUUGUACAUUCAUUAUCAUAUAUCACCAAGAUAACUAUGCUAUAAAUGUUUUGAUCAUUUAGCCCACAAAUGUUCCCGAUAUAUAAUGAAUAUAUGUUUGAAUGUCGUUAAGAGGAUAUAUUUUUUUUCGUUAUUGCGAUGAGUCAGAUGAAUACAGCAGUGGUUACAAUCCAAACAGAUGAUCAUGUUUAUUGACAUAAACAGCUGAAUGUGUUAACAAAACUUUGAGAAAAUAAAACAAGAGUUACAUUA